CUUUCACAUUUUUUUUUAAGCCUCCCUCUCUCCCUCCUCGCUCGGGCGGCUGCCCCAGCCUCGCAGCCGGGUGGCCGCUCCUCCCCGUGGGUGCCGCCGCCCGCCCGCGCCGCCUCCGCCUCGCAGCGCUGGGACUCUAGGGAAGCGAAAGCUCGGCCGCGCGCGGCUCCGACUGUCAGUGCCGCGGCCCGCGCCCCCCGGUGCGGCGCCUCCGCCCUCCGAGACGCCCGCCGCGCCGCGGGGGCCGCGCCGGCGCCGGGGUCCCGGGGACCGUUCGGGUGGCCGCUUCCUCUCCCGCCCGCCGCCGGAGCCCGGCGAUGGUGGCCGCCAGCGCUCCCGCGCUGUAGCGGGCGCCCCCUAAGUUUGGGAGCCGCCGCCGCCGCGGCGCGGACAGGCGUCUGCAGAAGGGCAAGAAAGUUUUGCGGGGUGCGCCGAGCCGGCCCUGGGCGCACCUCCCGCGGCUCCCUCCCCGCUACCCGGCGCCUGGAGCCCGUCGGCGGGGAGUGGGGGGCGGCAGCAUGGCCCGCGAGCCGGAGGACGAGGAGACGGCUGGGGCGGCCGCCCUGGCCCGCGGCUACUGGGGCUCGCCGGCCCGGGCCGGGGCGCGGCGGCCGCCCCUCUGGCUGCUCUGCCUGGUGGCGUGCUGGCUGCUGGGUGAUGUGGCUGACGCCGACUUCUCCAUCCUGGAAGAGGCGCAAGUGCUGGCGAGCCAGAUGAGGAGGCUGGCAGCCGAGGAGCUGGGGGUCGUCACCAUGCAGCGGAUAUUCAACUCCUUUGUUUACACUGAGAAAAUCUCAAAUGGAGAAAGUGAAGUACAGCAGCUAGCCAAAAAAAUCCGAGAGAAGUUCAACCGUUACUUGGAUGUGGUCAACCGGAACAAGCAAGUUGUAGAAGCAUCUUAUACAGCUCACCUGACCUCCCCCCUAACUGCAAUUCAGGACUGCUGUACUAUCCCACCUUCCAUGAUGGAAUUUGAUGGGAACUUUAAUACCAAUGUAUCUAGAACAAUUAGCUGUGAUCGACUUUCUACUACAGUUAAUAGCCGAGCCUUCAAUCCAGGACGAGACUUAAAUUCAGUUCUUGCAGACAACCUGAAAUCCAACCCUGGAAUUAAGUGGCAAUACUUCAGUUCAGAAGAAGGAAUAUUCACUGUUUUCCCAGCACACAAGUUCCGGUGUAAGGGCAGUUAUGAGCAUCGUAGUAGGCCUAUCUACGUCUCUACAGUCCGGCCACAGUCAAAGCACAUUGUAGUGAUCCUGGACCAUGGGGCUUCUGUCACGGACACCCAGCUUCAGAUUGCCAAGGAUGCUGCCCAGGUCAUCCUCAGCGCCAUUGAUGAACACGAUAAGAUCUCUGUACUGACUGUGGCAGACACCGUCAGGACUUGCUCGCUCGACCAGUGUUACAAGACAUUCCUGUCUCCAGCCACCAGUGAGACAAAAAGGAAAAUGUCCACCUUCGUUAGCAGCGUCAAGUCUUUGGACAGUCCUACCCAGCAUGCACUAGGGUUUCAGAAGGCAUUUCAGCUGAUUCGAAGCACAAACAAUAACACAAAGUUCCAAGCAAAUACAGACAUGGUCAUAAUUUACCUGUCAGCUGGCCUUACAUCAAAGGACUCUUCAGAAGAAGAUAAAAAGGCAACUCUCCGUGUCAUCAAUGAGGAAAAUAGCUUUCUAAACAACUCUGUAAUGAUUCUCACCUAUGCCCUCAUGAACGAUGGGGUGACCGGUUUGAAAGAGCUGGCUUUCCUGAGAGAUCUGGCUGAACAGAACUCAGGGAAGUAUGGCAUGUUGGACCGGACAGCCUUGCCUGUCAUUAAGGGCAGCAUGAUGGUGCUGAACCAGCUGAGUAACCUGGAGACCACAGUGGGCAGGUUCUAUACCAACCUUCCCAACCGGAUGAUUGACGAAGCUGUCUUUAGCCUCCCCUUCUCUGAUGAGAUGGGAGAUGGUUUGAUAAUGACUGUGAGUAAACCGUGCUAUUUUGGAAACCUACUUCUGGGAAUUGUAGGUGUAGAUGUGAACCUGGCUUACAUCCUUGAAGACGUGACGUAUUACCAAGACUCUUUGGCUUCCUAUACUUUUCUCAUAGAUGAUAAAGGGUAUACACUUAUGCAUCCAUCUCUUACCAGGCCAUAUUUACUAUCAGAACCCCCCCUUCAUACUGACAUCAUUCAUUAUGAAAACAUUCCCAAAUUUGAGUUGGUUCGGCAAAAUAUCCUAAGCCUCCCUCUGGGCAGCCAGAUUAUCACAGUCCCUGUGAACUCAUCCCUGUCCUGGCACAUAAACAAGCUGAGAGAAACGGGAAAGGAGGCGUACAAUGUGAGCUACGCCUGGAAGAUGGUACAAGAUACUUCCUUUAUUCUCUGUAUUGUGGUGAUACAACCGGAAAUACCUGUCAAACAACUGAAGAACCUCAACACUGUCCCCAGCAGCAAGCUGCUGUACCACCGGCUGGACCUCCUGGGCCAGCCUAGUGCUUGCCUCCACUUCAAGCAGCUGGCCACUCUAGAAAGUCCAACUGUCAUGCUGUCUGCUGGCAGCUUUUCCUCCCCCUACGAGCACCUCAGCCAGCCGGAGACAAAGCGCAUGGUGGAACACUACACAGCCUAUCUCAGUGACAACACCCGCCUCAUUGCUAACCCAGGGCUCAAAUUCUCUGUCAGAAAUGAAGUAAUGGCUACCAGCCACGUCACAGAUGAAUGGAUGACACAAAUGGAAAUGAGUAGCCUGAACACUUACAUUGUUCGCCGUUACAUAGCAACGCCCAAUGGUGUCCUCAGAAUUUAUCCUGGUUCUCUCAUGGACAAAGCAUUUGAUCCCACUAGGAGACAAUGGUAUCUCCAUGCAGUAGCUAACCCAGGUCUGAUUUCUUUGACUGGCCCUUACUUGGACGUUGGAGGAGCUGGCUAUGUAGUAACCAUCAGUCAUACAAUUCAUUCAUCCAGUACACAGCUGUCUUCUGGGCAUACUGUGGCUGUGAUGGGCAUUGACUUCACACUGCGAUACUUCUACAAGGUUCUCAUGGACUUAUUACCAGUGUGUAACCAGGAUGGUGGAAACAAAAUAAGGUGCUUCAUCAUGGAGGACAGGGGUUAUCUGGUGGCACAUCCAACCCUCAUUGACCCCAAAGGACAUGCCCCUGUGGAACAACAGCAUAUUACCCACAAGGAGCCCCUGGUAGCAAAUGAUAUCCUGAACCACCCCAACUUCGUAAAGAAAAACCUGUGCAACAGCUUCAGUGACAGAACAGUCCAGAGGUUUUAUAAAUUCAACACUAGUCUUGUGGGGGAUUUAACGAACCUUGUGCACGGCAGCCACUGUUCUAAGUACAGACUGGCAAGGAUCCCAGGAACCAACGCCUUUGUUGGCAUCGUCAAUGAGACGUGUGACUCUCUUGCCUUCUGUGCAUGUAGCAUGGUGGAUCGGCUGUGUCUCAACUGCCACCGAAUGGAACAAAAUGAAUGCGAAUGUCCCUGUGAGUGCCCUCUAGAGGUCAAUGAGUGUACUGGCAACCUCACCAAUGCUGAGAACCGAAAUCCAAGCUGCGAGGUCCACCAGGAGCCAGUGACGUACACAGCUAUCGACCCUGGCCUGCAAGAUGCUCUUCACCAGUGUGUCAACAGCAGGUGCAGUCAGAGGACGGAAAGUGGGGACUGUUUUGGUGUGCUGGAUUGUGAAUGGUGCAUGGUGGACAGCGAUGGAAAGACUCACCUGGACAAAUCCUACUGUGCACCCCAGAAAGAAUGCUUCGGGGGGAUUGUGGGAGCCAAAAGUCCUUAUGUUGAUGACAUGGGAGCAAUAGGUGACGAGGUGGUUGCCCUGAACAUGAUUAAGAGCGCGCCGGUGGGCCCCGUGGCUGGGGGCAUCAUGGGGUGCGCCAUGGUCCUGGUCCUUGCCGUGUACGCCUACCGCCACCGGAUCCACCGCCGGAGCCACCAGCACAUGUCUCCUCUGGCCGCCCAAGAAAUGUCAGUGCGUAUGUCCAACCUGGAGAAUGACAGAGAUGAAAGGGAUGACGACAGCCACGAAGACAGAGGCAUCAUCAGCAAUACUCGAUUUAUAGCUGCAGUCAUCGAACGACACGCACACAGUCCAGAAAGGCGGCGGCGCUACUGGGGUCGAUCGGGAACAGAAAGUGAUCACGGUUACAGUACCAUGAGCCCACAGGAAGAUAGCGAAAAUCCUCCAGGCAACAAUGACCCCUUGUCCGCAGGGGUGGAUGUGGGCAACCAUGAUGAGGACUUAGACCUGGACACCCCACCUCAGACUGCUGCUCUCCUAAGCCACAAGUUUCACCACUACCGCUUACACCACCCCACGCUUCAUCACAGCCACCACCUACAGGCGGCUGUGACAGUACACACUGUCGAUGCGGAAUGCUAACAGUCUCCUCACCUCCAUCAGAAGACGGGAUCUAGGAGACGCAGAAUGUUCUGGAGGGAAGAAGAGCCAGCGUAAAAUCCACAGCAAGAGACCCCCUGUACUUGUGCUUUGUCCAGAAUGCUUUAACUCAUUUCCUGCCUGGUAACAUGUUUCAGAACCAAAGGAACAACAACAAAAUCAUAUUUGUGAAAGUGGGUGGCUGGUUCUGAAACGGAGGAGAAAUAAGCCUGAUUUAUGAACCUGCCAUAAUACUAAUGGAAUGGAACAGAAGGCAAACCUCCAAACAGAGAAACGAAACCUAUAAAUGAAACAUUGGGAAUCGUUAAGCUGAGCCAGAGGAAUGUUCCAAGAAGCCAGAAGCGUUGGGCCCUCCUUAACUGGAAGAGAGAAAAAUGGGCUCGCCCGGAGCCUGGGAAUGUGGCACAUCCAGAUAGAAAUGUGUGCUUUGAAGAUUUCACUUGGUUUCUUAGCGGUACCUGGAUACCACAAUUGCUGUAUGGGACUCAUGUUAAGCUCUAAGUGAUGCAUCUCAAAAUUUCUAAGUAAAGGAUUAUUUUUCUACUAUUUAUUGAACUUUCAAACAUUCUCAAACUUUGGGAGAAAGGAAAGGACACACAUGAGAGGUGCUCAGCGAUUACCUCAAGCUGUUUGUGUGUCAUGAAGUGGUUCUUUGACUAAGGACUUCUAUUUCUUAUUUAACUGAUGUCAUCCCACUGCCCCACUCCACAAAAUAGGAAAGUGAGGAAAUCUUUCUGACUUGUUUACAUACAUUUUCUUUAGAACAUCAUUUCAUGGAGACAGUCUUUAUUUGUAGUGCAGUAUUCUUUCUCUGUGUUGGACAGAGAUGGGCAGGGCAGAGGAAUCAAGUGUUUUAAAGAAGGUUUAUGUUUCUUUAUAACUCAUUUCCACUCCCCAUACAAUGCUUUUCUUAGGUUUCUACAAAACCUAAUAUUACAACCCUCGUCUUUCAGCUAAGGGAGGGUUAGAUUACUUCUUGUUUCAGAGACUAUAAAUUUAUUAAUGUCCCAUUUUAAUUCUGAGAAUGCUGGAUACAUAAAAGAAGAACUUUGCAAAAUUCAAAAUAUUGAUUCUUAAAGAUUUUUUUUUUGAAAUCAUAGUUCAGAGCUGCUGCCAGUUAUCUAAGAAGUUAUCCACCAGGCUGCUUUGUGAUGUAUACAGAGCUUAUUCAAAUCUGGCUAAUAUAACAUGGGGCAUUGUAAUUUUAAAGUAGUGUUCUAAUUACAGUGAUGUAUUUUAGAUUCACAUUUUGUGAUUCAGAUAUGUUAUAAAGACAUUCUUGCACCGUGUGUGGUAAAUCUCCAUUUAUAUGUAGUUGGAAAAAAUUCACUGAAUAAUGUUUUAAUGAUAGGGUAUUACGAUAUAAUGUAAAAAAGAAAAAUUGGUUCUUCAGCAGUACAGGAAGUAAACUAUAUGCGUGCUACCAGGAAACCCCUUCAUAUUGUGUAUAAAAUUUCAGUCUAGUGAAAUAAACUGUAUGAACAGUUUCAGUUUCAGUGGUUAUGGUGAUUUGUUCACGUGCCACUUCUUGUGCCUCAAGGCAAAUUACAUUCACUUUGUAACCCAGCAGUUACCAAAUUGUAAAGGAGGCCUCCCUUCAGUGCUACAGUAAUGCUACGGUAAUGCUACCAUCAACUUCAGGGGCUUCCUGACCACCUUGAACAUGCAGAACAAUCUAAGAUUAUAAUGGGAUAAAGUGAAAGGCAAAUAUUUUUAAAUGUGUGGAACACAGGUUCCCCCUUCCUGAGCACCUGAAUUGGUAUCAACAAUAAAUAAAUGGUUAUCCUCUACCUGCUAGAGAGAAUGGGUGACUUUCCUGUCUUCCCAGAUAAUUAAACGUCUUUGCAG